AUGGCUGCCAUGACCCUUGAGUACCUUAACACCUUCAUCCACGUCAAGGAAGACACGGAAGAGAUGGAGAAGGGCGGCAAAGUCAGAUGUCACAGCUCACCACCUGGCAGUACUCGGCUCCUCAGCUUCACCAUGGAGACUGCGCAAGAGGAAGAUGCAAUGAGAAGCUAUGUGGCCGCCCUGGCUGAGAGGGCUGCCAACCUUGCCCAGCCAGCCCAGCAACAACGAGACGUCUCGCUUGCUGUUUCAAACAAUUCGGCAGAACUGGAAGACGUCUCGCCAAGUCCGCCUGUGGCACAAGAGCUAAGGCUCUCUAGCUCGGGCAGUUUGGGUCAUCCAGAGGCAUGCCGCCGUCCUUGCGUCUACCUCAUUUUGGGACAUUGCGCAAGCGGAGAGGCUUGUGCCUACUGCCACAUGAUGCACACAGGGAAGUGGCCGAAACUUGACAAGAAGCAACGCAUCAUGAUGCAGCAGUGCAACCAAGCUCAGCUUCUGACAUUACUGCUUCCGUUCUGUCGUGCCAGGGCUGAGCGUUUUGGCUUCGCCAGGGAAGCGGCCGAGAUUCUCAGGGUUAUUGAAGAGAAUAGCAGUUCGUCGCCACUGACUGAGUCUUUCCCCUGGCGAGAUCUCCGCAACUUGCGGAAGACCCUUGCAAGGAUGAGCUUUUCCAGCUUGCUGGACUUGGUGGCACAUCAGUCCAAGGCUGCUCAGACUUCGCCUGGGGACGACCGGCACGACCUUGCUGCUCGUUUGGUGGAUUUGUUGAAUGCCCUUCGAUGCCAGCUCACCCUCUGA